AUGGACGAUAACGAAGACGAUGCACUGUCGGACGAGGGUGAGGCGGAGCUGGAAGCUGACGAGGUACUCAUUCAAGACCCCGCGACCAUUCUCAACCCCGACGGAACGUACCGCUGCCCGUUCUGCCUGGGGCAGAUGAAGCAGGACUACUUGUUCAACGAGGUUAAGACUCACGCGGAAGCUCAAUCGAAAGGGACUUCGAAAAAAGGGGCGAAGGAGAGGCGGCGGCACAAGAUGCUGGUGGAGCGGCUUAUGCGGGCGGAUAUGCAGCCGGAAAAGCCUGUUCGGGCUGUAAACGCGGCACCUCUUCAGACCCCUGCGGUUGUGGAGGAUCGGAUUCUGUGGCCGCCCGUGGCGAUUGUGAAGAACCUGCAGACGUAUUGGACGUAUGAUAAGAUUCAGAAGAGGGAUAUUCUGGGCGGCACCACUCGCGAGGAGCUGGAAAGCACGCUUAAGAAUUACGGGCCGCGGAAAGUGGACGUGCUUUACAACUUCAAGGGACAUACCGGCAUGGCUCUCCUUCUCUUUGAGGAAAACGCCAAGGGGUGGGAAGCAGCGUCGAAGCUGGACAAGACAUACAACCAGGCAGGGCUGGGGAGGAAGGGGUAUUCGAAUGGGAGGAGGCGCGAGACCAAGGAGUUGUUUGCGUGGGCGGCAAGGGAGCAGGACUUGAAGGAGGAGAAUGAGAAGGGGCCGCUGGGGAGUGUGUUGCACAAGAAGCACAAUGCAACCAAGAGCCUGAGGGAGGUGUUGGACGAUCAGGAGUCAGUGAAGCGGCAGCAGGAGAGGGAGGAGAGGCGCGUGCAGGAGCGGGCGUUUAUGCGUCUGUCAGAGCGGCUUCAGGACACAGAGGGGCGGCUGAAGGAGAUGGAAGAUUCCACUAGGGCGCUCAGGAGGAAGCACGAGCAAGAGCUGGCAGAGGCACAUGCGCACACACAGGAGGUGGUGGCAAGGCAGAUGAGGGAUCGCAUGCGCGAGGUGCAGCGUAUGGAAGGAGAGAUGGAGUGGCUGCAGCGACAGCUAAAGGAGAGGAGUGCGAACGAGCAGCAGACGAGGCGAAGGCUGGAGGAACUGACACGGCAGCUGAAGCAGCAGGAGCAGCAGGGGGAGCUGCAGCAACAGCAGGCUCAGAGGCGAGCGCGGGAAAUGGAGGAGCUGGAGGGGAUGUUCCAGCAGGUGCGGCUGAAGGUGGAGCAGAAGCACCAGAGGGAAAUUCAGCUCGAGGAGGCCAAGGGCAAGCAGGCAGUAGCGGGGGAGGGGGAGGGGUCCAAGGAGGCAGAGGAGAGGGUGAGGUGGCUGGAGGAGGAGUUGGAGGAGGCAAAGGAGAUGUUGGAUGAGGAGCAGGAGCGGUUCUUCCGGCUGUCCGUGGAUGCACGGGUGAAGGACGAUGAUGUGCUGCAUGCCAGGAAGACAGUACUUGAGUUCCUGAAGGAGCAUCAGAAGCUUCUCAAGGCAGUGACGCUCCCAGGAGUACCCGAGCUGGUGAACAAGUCUCCUGUGCGCCCCCAGACAGUGGGGCUGCUCAAGAAACCCCUCUGGCUCAAGGCAUACCGCGCGUGCCCCACAUGCAAGGCAUGCACUGCGUGCCGGGCAAACAAGGCGAUCAGAGCGUGCAAGCAGUGCAGGGAGUGUGGGGAAUGCAAGAGGGAGAUGGAUGAUCGGGACCCCAACUGGCAGGCGGAUUUCACUGUGAAGUUCUCCGCGUGGGAGGAGCUGAUCCGGUCAACUGAUUAUGACUUCUUUCGCGUCCAGGAAAUCGAUGGCAUUGCCAAGCGUGUGUUCAACAAUUCCAACGAAAAAGUAGCCAAGGCGAUGGGAGAGAUCGAGACAGACUUUGCAUGGGCGGGAGUGGCGGAUUUCAAGCGAGCAGCCGCUGAAAUCGAAGAGUACAACGCGAGUGGCCGGUACCCCGUCCUUCUCCUGGUGGCCACUGAGGGGGAUGAGGCUGAGGAGGUGCUCAUUGCUGCUGCGCCUAAGACAGAGGCGGUGGAGGGCAGGAAGAAGAGGAGGGCGGAGGAGAGUGUGGAAGGGGUGGGUGUGGGGGGGAUUGCGGGUGGAGGGGGGAGGGGAGGGAGAGGGGCAGAGGGAGGGGCAGGUGGAAGGGGAGGGACAGGGGGAGGGGGAGGGGUGGGGGGAAGGGUGGGGGAUGAUAGUGCGAGCAGGGGUAGGAGGAAUCAGAACAGCACUGUGGAGUGGAGAGGGGUGGAGAAUGGUUAUGGGGGAGGUAGAGGCGAGGGGAGCACUGCUGGCAACGGCGGCGGUAGGGGCAGCGGCAGAGCUGGACGGCGAGGGCGGGGAUGA